UUAAUCCUUGGUGGAAGGAGUAAGAUAUUAUUAGAAAGAAAAUGUACGAUGAGAAAAACCCUCAUCUGGCAUCGGCGAUUCCGGCUGCGGCAUAUGGGCAACAGCAACAGAGAAGUGGUAGUAAUUGGUCUACCGGUCUUUGUGACUGUUUUGAAGAUGUUCCAAACUGCUGCUUAACUUUCUGGUGUCCAUGCAUCACUUUUGGACGGAUUGCGGAGAUAGUGGACAGAGGAUCUACUUCUUGUUGUGCUAGUGGGGCUCUGUAUACUCUAAUACUAAUGUUGGUUGGAUGCACGUGCUGCUACUCGUGCUGCUACCGGUCAAAGUUGAGGAAGCAAUAUUCUCUCCCUGAAACCCCUUGUGGAGACUGCUUGAUUCAUUGUUUCUGCGAGACAUGCGCCCUUUGUCAAGAACACCGUGAGCUCAAAAACCAAGGUUUUGACAUGUCCCUAGGAUGGCAUGGAAACGUUGAAAGGCAGAACCGUGAUGUUGCAAUGGUGCCUCCUCCUCCUAGUGGAGGGUACGGGGGGAUGACACGUUAAUCCACCCACCCAUAUAAUACUAUGUUAUUUUGUUUAUGAAAAUAAUGUUCUUAUUAUUAAUUUGCUUGAAGUUGCUGAAUUCUGAUGCUUGGUUGGUUUGUUGUACCUCUGCAUUUGAUGUUUCAUGGUUAUUUGAACAGAAAUGUUGUUGUUUGUUUUCUUAUAUUAAUUACAUGUAUUUAUGUUGGAUUUA